AUGGCCAACUCAAAAUUCGAAUACGUCCGCCACUUCGAACUCUCAAACAACACCUACCUCCUCCCAAACACCUACAUAAUAAUCCGCAUUGACGGCCGUUCCUUCCACCGCUUCACCACCCUCCACUCCUUCACAAAACCCAAUGACUCCCGCGCUCUAUCCCUCAUGAACGCCGCCGCAGUCGCCGUAUUCCACGACCUAGGCGGCGAAGUAAUCUCCAUCGCCUACGGCGUCUCCGACGAAUUCUCUUUCGUCUUACGAAAAGAAUGUAACCUCUUCGAACGUCGAGAAGCAAAAUUAGUCUCCACCAUAGUCUCUAUCUUCACAGCAUACUAUAUUUCCCUAUGGUCUACAUAUUUCCCCUCGGAGCCUUUAAAAAGACCGUUACCGACUUUUGAUGGGAGAGCAGUGUGUUAUCCUACUAUUGUGAAUGUAAGGGAUUAUUUGAGUUGGAGACAGGCGGAUUGUCAUAUUAAUAAUCUUUAUAAUACGACUUUUUGGACGUUGAUAUUGAAGGGGGGGAUGACGCCUCAGGAGGCGGAGAAGGAGUUGAUGGGGACGCUGGCGAAGGAUAAAAAUGAGAUUUUGUGGAGUAGGUUUGGGGUUAAUUAUAAUAAUGAGCAGGAGAUGUUUAAGAAGGGGAGCGUGGUUUAUAGGAAUUAUGGCGCUGUGCCGGAAUCUUCAGCAGACGAUAAGCCCGAUGAGAAGGAGGCAGACUCGGAACCAAAAGAAACCGUGGUUGAGCCGAAACCGGCAGUGUCAUCUGCAGUAUCACCGGUAGAAGCACAAAAGGGUAAAUCGAGAUCGCAGCAGAAGCGAGAAGCGAAGAAACUUGCCAAGGCCGAGGUAGUAAUCGAACACGUCGAUAUCAUCAAAGAUACGUUUUGGGAGAAGCGUCCGUGGAUAUUGCAUUGGACCUUAGGACGGCAGAACGAAUAUGCCGGGACAGAGCAGUGA